CCUUGUGUUAAAAUCAAUCAAUAACAACUUAAAACACUUGGUAGUUUCAUUGUUUUGUGCUAACAACUAGUGUUACGCUUUGUGAAAUUACAUUCUGUGGAUCUUCUUGGAUCUGCUCUAGGAAUUUCUUGGAAAGCAGAAUGAUCAGAAAAACACCCAAUAAAAUGAACAGCUCUCGUCAUGAUGAUGUUCAGUAUCAUCGCAUGACAGCACAAAAUGAUGGUUUUGUGGAUAUGCAGUUUGAACAAAGUUCGCCCCAAAAGAUUCCAUGGAAAGCCAUCCUUCUGUCAUUUGCACUAUUUGUUGGAGGAACAGUGUUUCUUAUACUUGGUUCCCUCUUGGUUUCUGGAACUAUUGACUCAAAGUAUGGGGAUCGCACAUGGCCGCUAAUUAUCAUAGGUUUAAUAAUGUUCAUCCCAGGAGUGUAUCAUGUGAGAAUUGCUUUUCUCGCAUUUACGGGUUGCAAAGGGUUCUCGUUCGAAGACAUUCCGGGAUUUAAUUAGGUCUUUUUCUUUCACUGGUUUUGUUUCUCGCUAUGUUCUGUAUGUAAUUUGAAGUAUCAAGUAUAUCGCAAGUGCCAUCGAAUUCUCUUAUCUUAAUAUUGUGUUGCUGCGGAAUACAAUAUAAGAUGUAAAA